AACUAUCCACAACCACCUGAGGAAAGGUCUAGACGUCCUUGGAAAAGAAAAGAAAAAUGGCCGCCAAAUUCAUCGUCCUUGCUACCAUUCUUGCUGCUUCCAAUGCAUUGCCAGUCUGGUACAAUGGAAUCCCAGCAGUGGUCAUGAGGAUUGGUCGCUCACCCAGCAUCUCCUACGGCUUUGGUAGCGGCUUCAGCAGCAACAUUGGUGGCAUCUCCCACUCUUCUGGCAUCGGUGCCUCUUUCCAGUCUGGAGAAGGUGAAGCUUACGGUGCCGGCAUUGGAUCUUCUAACGGUGGAUAUGCUCGUGGCGUAGGAAUUGCCAGCGCUGGCAACAGUCACCCAGUGCAGUACCACCAUGCAUACCAAGCACCUCAACCCGCUUACGAAUCUGCAGUUGCAUCUGCCCAAAACUUCGGCGGCUACGGUAACGCCGUGUCUUCUGCUCAGUCUGUUGGCGGCAACAACUUUGGAUCUGCUGUUUCAUCUGCCCAGAGUGGUGGUCUGGCCCGUUUCAACAGCGCCGUCUCUUCUGCCCAGAACGUACAUGGAUACGGAUCAGCUGUUUCUUCAGCUAACAGUGGUUAUGGAUCGGCUCUGUCUUCUGCUCACAACUCUGGCUUCGGAUCUUCAGUGUCCUCUGCCCAGACCAGGGGACAUGGUUACGGUUCAGCCGUGUCUGCUGCUGAAAACAUCGGAGGAUACGGCGCCAGCACUGCCCAGGUUGCCCGACAGAGCCCUGGCGGUAUCCAACACAGCGGUGCCACCAGCAUCAACGCUCCCGGGCUCCAGGCUGCCCACUCACACGCUAUCAACUCUGGAUUCUACUGAAGUGGUCUCUAGGAUAUAAAAAGAUGUUGAGACGACAC